AUGUGCGACUACCGAGGAGUCCAGAAAGUGUGUUCUAAAUGCCGGAACGCUGGUCACAUUGCCAAAGAUUGUUCCACACCCCGUUGUGCACGAUGCAAUGUCUUUGGGCACGCUACAGAGGGAUGCACAGAACCGUGUCGCAAGUGCUCCGGCAGUCAUGCGACAGCGGACUACAUUCGUCCGAAAUCCUUCGCAGCGGCUGCAGCAGCGGCAGCCGACGAACAAGAGGGCAACGACCUCACGCCCCCAGCGCCCGCACCGCAAGAAGAAUUUCCGGCGCUCGAGACUGAGAGCGAUACCGACACACCGGGCACUGAAUCCCAUGCCGAAUCACAAGACGCAGGACACCUGCCUCCUCCGUCUGAGAAAGUGUCGUCAACCCCUGGCGCCCCAGCCGAGACCAGCGACUCCUCGCCGGACGCCUAUGAGGACCACAGUGCGUCCAAAGCCGAAGCGCCAGUGUCCGUACCCAGCAGAGACCACGAGAGCUGCAGCUCCGACACAGGUAAUACUACCAGCAGCUCCGAGGCGCCGAGAACUUCGAUGGGACGCGGCACUCGAGCAACGGGACGUGCAGAAGCCCCGAUCACCUGCCCAGACAAGACCACGACCAUUAUUAUGCCUCCGACGGCGACGAGCACCCGAGCCAGCAAAUACUCUGCUCAGACCCGCAAGCUGAGCCUGUCCAACCCACUUCACAAGAUCACAGGUUCGGCCGCCGUGAUGAGUGACGGUGCCAGUGCCAUGGAAAUAGAGCGCCAAGCUACCAAACGUGCCCACCCACCGACCACGGAUUCUGAGGGCUCGACGGACAGUAGUACGCCCCAAAAACUCGCUAAUGCUCUGACGACGUCAGAGCAUCUCUCUUCUUAG